AUUUUAUUUUUUUACUUAAACAAAAACGAGAGAAAAAAAAGGAGAAAAAAAUGCUUAAAGAUCCUAUAAAGCGGCGCAUAACACUUUCUUAUCUUUUUGACUGGAUACUUGUCAUCAUAAUGACAGUUGUAUUUUUUGCUAUUGAUAAUAUUACACCAUUUCAUCGACAAUUUUCAAUUCAUGACAAAACAAUUAUGUUUCCGUAUGCUGAACACGAAAGAGUACCCGUUUGGUUAUUAUUGGUCAUAUGUUUUGUUAUACCAUUUGCUAUUAUUGGAGGAAUAACAUUAAGUGGAUUAGGAUACAAAAGAAAUAUAUAUGAUUUUCAUGCAGGAGUGUUAGGUUUAUGCUUAGGGUUAUCCAUGACAAUUAUGUUGACAGAUGUAAUCAAAAUUACAGCUGGACGACCAAGGCCUGAUAUGCUUUCGAGAUGUAAGCCAGCAUUGGACACCGAGGAUCCUCCAUUGGGUCUAUCUACCGUAGAUAUUUGUACAACUGAUAUUCAUUCACAUAUAAUGAUUGAUGGAUUUAAAAGUUUCCCAAGCGGACAUUCGUCAUUCUCAUUUGCCGGUUUAGGUUAUCUUUCUUUUUACAUGGCCGGCAAGUUAAGGCUAUUUGAUGAGAAGGGUCACACCUAUAAAGGAUUUUGCUGCAUAUUUCCUUUUAUUGGUGCUGCUCUAGUAGCCAUUUCUCGAACAGAGGAUUAUCGUCACCAUUGGCAUGAUGUCUUUAUAGGUGCAUUGUUAGGUACGGUCUGUGCUUAUUUUGCCUAUAGACAAUAUUAUCCUGCCCUUGGACACAAUGCAUGUCAUACUCCAUUCAUGACACGAAUGCUCUAUUGGCAAUCCGGAUUGGACAAUAGUAAUAAUAAUAAUAACAAUACUGAACAUAGAAGACAACAAGAUGAAGAAGAGGCAUGUCUAGCUACGACAGUGACAUCAAGUACAGCCAGUAGUUCACACAACCAUAAUAAUGAUCACUCAAAUAUAUUUAACCACAAUACAAAAUAUCAAACCCAAAAGGGAGACCAGUACAGUCUGGACUCACAGUUUUGAUUGUAUUAAAAAAUAAAUGAAUCAUUUUCAGUAACAAACAGUGAUUUUAUUACAAUAAAAGAUCGUCAAAGUUGCGCAAGAAUUCAAUUUUAUCUGAAUUUAAAGGUUGCAUGCCAAAAAUUAAGAUUAAUGCAAGCGUAAAUCCAAUCCAGAAAGAGGGUGUCACCAUGAUGGAGAUGAUUCCAUAGUUCAUUAUGACAUAAGCAAUAAUUGAAACCAUGUUUACCAUAAACUGAUUAUUUUACUCUUUUUUUUUUUCUUUUCUUUUU